AUGAUUUUUGAGCCCAGCCCCGCCCGGGGGGGGGAGGGGCGGGCCCGGCCUUAUCUGGGGGGGGGAGGGGCCCCCCCAAAAAACCGCCCCAAAAAAAACAAACCCCAAAAAGCCCCAAAAAUCCCCAAAAAGGCCCAAAAAUCCCCCAAAAAGGCCCAAAUCCCCCAUGGCGGGGCCGGGGGGCGCUGCUGCUCCUGGGGGGGCUCCUGGGGGGGCUCCCGGGGGGGCUCCCCCAAAGCCGGGGGGGCGCGGGGGGGGGCCGGGGGGGGCCCCGAGAGCCCCCCGGAGCUGGAGGAGGAAGUGUCGAUCGUGCAGCGCUCGGACCCCUCCCCCCCCCACUGCUUCUCGCGGACGCUGCACGACCUGAGCUGCUUCUGGGACAGCCCCGGGGACCCCGACCCCAACAGAUACCGCCUGCAGUUCCGCCUGGAGCAGGACCCGUGGCAGGAGUGUCCCCUCAGCGCCGCGCCGCUGUCCCCGGCCCGGGGGUCCCGGUUCUGGUGCUCGCUGCCCCCGGCCGCCACCGUCACCUUCGUGCCCCUGGAGCUGCGCGUGCUGCCCGCGACCCCCGGGACCCCCCCAGAAACCACCCAGAGACCCCCAGAAACCACCCAGAGACCCCCCACGAGCCCCGCAACCACCCCCGAGACCACCGGGACCACCAGGAGCCCCCCAAAAACCGCCGAGAGACCCCCCGAGACCACUGAGACCACCCUGAGCCCCCCCAAAAUCGCCGAGACUGCUGAGACCACCCCGAGCCCCCCCGAGACCACCAGGACCCCCGAGAGCCCCCCCAAAACCACCGGGAGACCCCCCCUGAAGCCCCCGAGACCACCGGGCCCCCCCCCGAGCCCCCUCCCCUGUUCCAGAGGACGAUCUUCAUCGACCAAGUCGUGCUGCCGGGGCCCCCCCCAGAACGUGUCGGUGUCGGCGGGGGGGGCGCGGGGGGAGCUGUGCGUGCGCUGGGCCCCCCCCCCCCGGGCCCUACCUGCACUCCAGCCUGGUCUUCGAGCUGGCCCUGAGCCCCCCCGGGGGGACCCCCCAAAACGGUGGGGGUCCCGGCGGGGCGGCGCGAGCAGCGGGUCGGGGGGCUCCGGGCCAGCACCCCGUACGCGGUGCGCGCCCGCGCCCGGCCCGACGGGCUCAGCUACGGGGGGUUCUGGAGCCCCUGGUCCCCCCCCCGGCAGCGCCACCACCCCCCCCGAGCUGGACGCGGUGACGCUCGGGCUCUCGUGCCUGCUGGUGCUGCUGCUGCUGGGCCUGGGAGCGCUGGGGCUGCUGGGACACCGCCGGACGCUGCGGGCCAAGCUGUGGCCGCCGGGUGCCGGGCCCCGAGCGCGAGUUCGAGGGGCUCUUCAGCAACUACGGCGGCAACUUCCAGCUGUGGCUGUGCCAGGGCCCGGGCUCCCCGCGCGCGCCCCCCUCGCUCCCCUCCCCCCCCCGCGGAGCUGGAGGAGGCGGUGGAGGAGGUGGGGGGAGGGGCGGCGGCGGCCCCGCCCCCCCCCCUCGGCCCCCCCCGUUGGCCCCUCCCCCCCGGCCAGCUUCGAGUACACGCUGCUGCUGGGGCCCGGCUCCGCCCUGCUCGGCCCCGCCCCCCGCCCCGCCCCCUACGCCAACCUGGACACGCCCCCCAAGGGGGAGGGGCGCGCGGGGGCCGGCCACGCCCCCCCACUACGUCAUCUGCUCCUGAGGGGGGCGGGUGACGUCAUCGCGGAGGGGUGACGUCACGUGGAAAGGAUGGAUGACGUCAUCGCGGAGCGGACUCAAGAUGACGUCACAGGCGGGCACGGUGACGUCACACCAGAGGGACGGAUGGCGUCACAGCAGAGGGGACUCGCCACGGUGACGUCACACGGGAGAACGAUGACGUCAUCGCAGCGGGGACGCGUCACCGUGACGUCACACGGAAGGGACAGAUGACGUCACAACCGAGGGGAAUUUCAAGGACGGCGUCACACGGGGCGCGAUGACGUCACAGCGACAUCACACGCGGGGGGCUAUGACGUCAUCGCGGA